GACAAGCGGUAGGAAAUGGACGGAUGGAUAAUUGAGUGAAAAGUUUAUAAAACUUUUUUUUUUUUUAUGACGACAGUUUAAUAGACGCCGAUUAUAACUCACCACUGUAUGAAAGCCAGGGGAAGAACUAAGUUGUCUACACAUUUAAGUGAGUCCAGCAGUCAGUGCAGCAGCAGCAGCAGAGACAGGGAACAACGUCAUCGUCUCCUCCUCCUCCUCCUCCUCUUCUUCUUCUUGUUGACCAAACCUAACAUCCCGGGCUGGAUUUAUUUGGGAAUCACCACAACUGGAGAGCAGCACCUGGUUGAUUGAUCUCAAGGGUCUGAGUUUCCAUGAUGGACGACCACUCCCAUGGCAGUCCCCAACACGGUGGAGGCCAGGCCGGCAUGGAACCUCCGCAGCAAGGCAGGCAGGGAGUCAUCAGGUGCGGGUGGCUCAGGAAGCAAGGAGGCUUUGUAAAAACCUGGCACAAUCGCUGGUUUGUCCUGCGAGGGGACCAACUCUUCUACUACAAGGAUGAGGAGGAGAGCAAAGCUUUGGGAGCCAUUUUCCUACCUGGCAACAAAGUAACAGAACAUCCAAGCAGUGGCGAUGAAGCGGGAAAAUAUCUCUUUGAGGUCAUUCCAGGGGGAGACAGAGAGCGGAUGACAACCAACCAUGAGACCUACCUCCUUAUGGCCAGCACCCAGAAUGACAUGGAGGAUUGGGUGAAGACCAUCCGCAGGGUCAUAUGGGCUCCUUUUGGUGGAGGGAUCUUUGGUCAGAAGUUGGAGGAGACGGUGCGAUAUGAGCGUCGCUUCGGGAACAAGCUGGCCCCCAUGCUGGUGGAGCAGUGCGUGGACUUCAUCCGCCAGAGGGGCCUACAUGAGGAGGGUCUUUUCAGACUACCUGGACAGGCCAACCUGGUCAAAGAGCUGCAGGAGGCCUUUGACUGUGGAGAGAAACCCUUGUUUGACUGCAACACAGAUGUGCACACAGUAGCGUCGCUGCUAAAGCUCUACCUCCGAGAGCUCCCCGAGCCUGUCAUUCCCUUCCACAAGUACGAAGACUUCCUGUCCUGCACCAAGCUUCUUGGGAAGGACGACGACACGGGUAUGAAGGAGCUGAGAAAACUUGUCCAAGGUCUACCUCCAGUCAACUACAAUCUUCUCAAGUACAUCUGCAGAUUUCUAGAUGAAGUCCAGUCAUAUUCCGGGGUGAACAAAAUGAGCGUGCAGAACUUGGCAACGGUGUUUGGUCCAAACAUCCUGAGGCCAAAGGUGGAGGAUCCGGUUGCCAUCAUGGAAGGAACUGUUCUGGUGCAGCAGCUCAUGGCGCUUUUGAUCGGCCGGUACGAUACGCUGUUCCCUCGGGAUGAGAACAACCCGGCGGGAAUUGAGCCUGCCAACAACAACAACAUGGAGUUGCCGAGGCGACAAGCGGCCGCUGUGGGUACAGUGGCUCAGAACACUGAGAACAACAACGUGCAGGCGGUGCGUCAGUGCGUUUGGGAGGCGCCGGAGUCUCCGACCUGCCAGCAUCAAGACAACGGUGGCUCGCCACGUUCCGCCAGCCCUCGUAACGUUCCGGGACGCUUCGAAAUCACCCGCAGUCCGCCGCUGACUGUUAAAAAGAACCCUGCGUUUAGCAAAGGCAGUGGGAUCGUUACGAACGGUUCCUUUAGCUCCUCAUCGGAUCCAAACCAAGAAAAGUGUCAGACUCUGAUUAGCGGAGGGAGCUUACCGGGGCGCCGAAACGGGACGCUGAAGGGCUCGGGUACAAAAAUGGGAACCAGCGGCGUUACAAGCGUAGGGAACGCGAAUGGAGUUCUUCGCAUGGGGCCUUCUGCGCCGGACGGAGUUCUGAACGGUCGCUGCGGCCUUUGGGUACCAAACGGAUGCGUCACGUUGCGGGAGAACACCAAAGCACGCGACUACCCCAACGGGGAUCAAACCUCCAAUCAGAACCGUCUGUCCACAUACGACAACGUCCACUUAAACCAGCAGAACAUGCACAACCACGCCCCGCCCACUUGCCUCAACAGCAGCAGCGAGGACAAGCAGAGCGUGGACAGCGCCACCUGGUCCACCUCCUCCUGCGAGAUCUCCCUGCCGGACAACUCCACGUCCUGCCGCUCCUCAACCACCACCUGCCCCGAGCAGGACUUCUACAGCUGCCACUACGAGGAACUGGACGGACCCGCGCAGGACGUGGAAUCAGGCGGCAGGGCGGAUGACGAGGGGCGGGACAGCGGCAACAGGGACGGGGGCGGCGACGGGGCGGCGAGGAGCUGCAGCGAGCACAGUACCAAGUUCAGCGGAGGGGCAGGGGGUCACAGCGCACUGCACAGCCUGGUGGCCAGUCUCAAACUGGAGAUGCACAAGCAGAAGUCAGAGUACGAGGCCAGGAUCAAGAGCUUGGAGCAGCGCAACCUGGAGCUGGAGUCGGAGAUGGUGAGCCUCCACGAGGAGCUGGACCAGGAGAGAAAGAAGUACACUAUGGCCGAGAUCAAGCUGCGCAACGCCGAGCGCGCCAAGAACGACGCCGAGCGGCGGAAUCACAUGUUACAGAAGGAGAUGGAGCAGUUUUUCUCCACGUUUAGCGACCUCACCGCCACGGGGAACGUUGCCGCCGCCGCUGCCGCCGCCGCUGCCACCACAGAGCCCCGCCGGCCGGAUCGCAGCAACCCCAUCUGGAUACAGUGAAGGUGCGCUCCGAUUGUUACGGGGAAUCUAAACUUCCGCUAGCAGUACUAGUUAGACAAACAAGAACAGGAAAACAGUUACUUUCUAAUAUAACUGUUGGGCAACUUUUACAUCUCAGAACUAAGGCCCGCAAGCGUCUUCAAUUUGGCCCGCAAAACAUCUUGAGUAAGGAAUCUGGCCUGCGGGGUGUUUUCCAAUUAAUUUGAAAUAUCUGACAAAGCUAUUGCUGCAACUUUGCCGCCGGUUUUGUGGACAAGGUGGAAAAUUCAGGUCAAUGACCAUGAAUUGUGCAUUGUCACGAAUUCAGCACAGCAUUUACUUGUAAGACCCAAUCCAGAAAACCUUCCCUGAUCAUGCCGCGAAAAAAAAAUGCAACCAAUACAAACAGUCAACACACAUAUAACACAGCGUGCUCUCUCAACUUUGUGAAUGUUGUACAAAACGUACACGCGCCAUGCAAAAAAAUUCUAAAUCACACCCAUUUAAGUCUAUUACAAUGCAUGAUGGGGAAAAAUGCAAAAUACUCUCUUCACACUUAUCCAUGUUUGACGCCUUUUAGCUGCUUGAUAUUUCUGAUUGAUUAAAACACUUUAAGGAGGUCGUCAGGGAAGUAAACAAGGUAGGAUUCAAACUUUCACAUACUCUUAAUAUUCAUUUAUAUUAGUUAUCUAUCAUUAUAUUGUAUAAUGUGUAGAUAUAUGUACACACACAUAUAUAUGUAUAUAUAGGCUAUGUAUGUAUAUACAUGUGUAUAGUUAUUUAUAGUAUACACCAUAUUUUUCGGACUAUAAGUCGCAGUUUUUUUCAUAGUUUGGCCGGGGGUGCGACUUAUACUCAGGAGCGACUUAUGUGUGAAAUUAUUAACACAUCACCGUAAAAUAUCAAAUAAUAUUAUUUAGCUCAUUCACGUAAGAGACUAGACGUAUAAGAUUUCAUGGGAUUUAGCGAUUAGGAGUGACAGAUAGUUUGGUAAACGUGUAGCAUGUUCUAUAUGUUAUAGUUAUUUGAAUGACUCUUACCAUAAUAUGUUACAUUAACAUACCAGGCACGUUCUCAGUUGGUUAUUUAUGCCUCAUAUAACGUACACUUAUUCAGCCUGUUGUUCACUAUUCUUUAUUUAUUUUAAAUUGCCUUUCAAAUGUCUAUUAUUGGUGUUGGGUUUUAUCAAAUAAAUUUCCCCCAAAAAAUGCGACUUAUACUCCAAUGCGACUUAUAUAUGUUUUUUUCCCUUCUUUAUUAUGCAUUUUCGGCCGGUGCGACUUAUACUCCGAAAAAUACGGUAGUUAUUUUACAUGCAGUCGGCUUUCGCCACUCGACCAAAACCUUUUUUAGCCCAAUGCCGUCCCCUAAUAAUAAAGUUUGGACACACUUGUUCUAAACAAAACAAAGGCAGCAUGAAAAAAGUUACACAAGUAAGUAACAACCCAGCAGGCACAAAACAUUGGUACAAUGUUGAUUAUACAUACAUGUCCUUUAAAACUGACUUUGAAACAACAUUGCAAAAUAGUUCAUUGUUGGUUGGGAAACGACCACAUUGCAACGGUCAAAUCAACAUCACAACCUGACGUUGAAUAAAUGUUGUCAAAAAGUAUGUGGUUUCAACGUUGUAUUUGUGUUGUAAAAUAUUGGUUGAAAAAUGGCCAAAAUUCAAUGUCAAAUCAACGUCAGGAACCCAACAUUGAUCAAACGGCUCCCCUCCACCGGUGUCCUUUAAAACUGACUUCGAAACAAUGUUGCAAAAUAGUUGUAUUUGAAAAUUUAGACAACGUUGAUGUCUAACGUUGGAUCCACGUUGUUGGUUGGGAAAUGACCAAUAAAAAAAGCAUGUUGUUUCAACGUUUUAUGUGUGUUGUAAAAUAUUGGUUGGGAAAUGACUAAAUUUCAAUGGUAGAAACAACGUCAGAACCCAACAUUGAUUAAACGUUGUCAAAAAGCAUGUUGUUCCAACGUUAUGUUUGAGUGGCUGAACGUCAGGACUAGGGAUGUCCGAUAAUGGCUUUUUGCCGAUAUCCGAUAUUCCGAUAUUGUCCAACUCUUUAAUUACCGAUACCGAUAUCAACCGAUAUAUACAGUCGUGGUAUUAACACAUUAUUAUGCCUAAUUUGGACAACCAGGUAUGGUGAAGAUUAGGUACUUUUACAAAAAAAAAAAAAUAAUAAAAUAAGAUAAAUAAAUUAAAAACAUUUUCUUGAAUAAAAAAGAAAGUAAAACAAUAU